UUAUUUUAUAAUGUAUUAAGUAUUUAAUAUUAGAUACUCUAAUAGUAAUGUUGACACACCAUCAGAUUAAAAAAUUUUGAAGUUUAAAUUAAUAGUACGCAAAAUAAUCAAUAAAUCGAAUUAUAAAUUUUAUAUUAAAAAAUGAAGUAUUUGUUUAAUUAUAUACUAUUAUUAUUGUAUUUUAACUAUAUUGUUAAGUCAAUGAACUCGAGUAGUAAUUACAAUCAGGUGCUGGCAAACUACAUUGAUUAUGUUUUUGAAAAGUCAUACAUUAUGUCAAUUAUAAAUAAUUUUGAAACUUUAGAAUCAUUUGACGACAAGGGUGCGAUUAACUUUAAUGAUGAUGAUAUAAAUUAUUUGACAAGUACAUGUAGUGGAGACAUCAAAUGCAUUCAAAAUAAAUCACUGUCUGAAAUUAAGUUCAAACAAAAAAUUGAAGCAUUUCAAUGCGUUAGUGGCAUAUUUAUAUAUUAUUUACUUAAUGAAAUGAAAAGUGUGCUCUUGUACAACAAACCACAGAAAUUUAUAGGACCUAGUGUUUUUCAUUUUGUAAAAUUAAUGAUGACGGGAAUGUUCAGUGUGUUAUAUUCUGGCAAAAUCUAUAAUCACAAUUUAUUUUGGAGAAUUUUUAUUCGGAUAAUUGCAGUAGACAAUUGGCCCUAUUUUUUUUUUAAAACUAACAUAACCAACUUUGAUCAGUAUGAAUGCGAUUUAGUAAGUUAUAUUAACUUAUGCCGGCAGCAUAAUUAUCUUCCCAAUUCAAAUCCUGAAAUAAAAGUAUCUCAUUCGAAUAUUUUUUAUGAAAAUAUAGGUAAAGCUGAUAUGAUAGCUUUUAUGAAUGAAUACUAUAAUAAAUUCAAAAAGUUUAAUAUGAUAAAUUCUAAUUUCUUUAAUCUAGAUAACUUUAUUUUUAUUGAUUACUUUCAUAAAUUUAGCGACUUAGUCUUUUUAUCUGAAACCUAUAAAUUUAAUUGGGGUGAAUACAAAGAAUAUUUUCGCACAAAAAAAAUGGAAAUAAAUAAACUAUAUCGUACCAUAAAUUGGAUAAAUAAUCCAUUCGAGUUUAUUGAGUAUCAAAAUAUUAUAAUAAAAGUAAUUAAAUUAAAUAUCUAUUACAUUAUUUGGUUGCAAUUUAAAUUACUCCAUAAAGUACUGCUAAAAAAUCAAAAUCAUAUCUAUGUAUAUAUUAAGUCUAUUGUUCUCAUGUUAUCUUGUCAAUUAACUACAGCGACAUUGUUUUUACAUAGUGAAGAUCACAUAUUAUGGAAUAUAUAUUAUCAAUUGUUGAAAUUUAAAAGUCUAGAGUUAUUUGACUUAUCAAUUAAAGAUAAUAUACAAUUAAUCAAAGAAAAGAUGGAGAUGAACAUAAUUAAAGACUUAGAAUUAUUGAAUGAUAAUAAAGAAGGUAUAAUAUUGACAUUUAAUAAAGAAAUUGAUAUAGAUCAGCUUGGAAAAAAAACAUCUACAAAUAUAAUCAUUGAUGAACUGGUGGCAAUUGGGGGUACAAAAAAAGAACAUAUCCAAUUAUGGUAUACACUUUUGGAUAAUACAAAUAUACCAGAAAUCAUUGAAAUUAUGAAAAAAAUGAUAGAAAUAUUUAUUAAAUUUGCAAAAUAUAUUAAAUAUUUGGGCCAGAGAAUGAAUCAUUUAAAUUAUUUUUUUAUAAAGUAUUUUCGAAAUGGCUCAUUUGAUCUAGAAAAAACAUUUUAUAUACCAUAAUAAAUGUUUUGGAGAACAUAUUUGUUUCUUAUUGUUUGUAUGGACAAAAUGUUUUACUGAUUUAUUAAAAUUAAUACUUUUCUCCCCACAAUAACAAUUAUUGUUAACUUUUGUAUAAAAUUAUAUUAUAUUUAUUGUUUUCUAUGUAAUAAAAUACAUACAUGUAUAUUCUUAGACUACAUUAACAGUAUAUUUUUAAACAUUGGUGUAUAAAAAUAAAAAUAUUUUUUUUUUUAAAAAAUUCCUACUUUUUCAUGCAUAAAAUUUAAACAACAACUUAAGGAAAAUUACAAGUAUUCUAAUACGAAUUGUAAUGGUGUGUAGCGCGGACAGAUACGGUUUAUUCUAGUGUGUAUUAUAGUGGAUUAUAAUU